AAAACUUGUGUCAGGAUCAUUUUCACCAAAACAGUCUCAAGGUAUUAAGGAGGUAAGAACCGUAGAACACUUCAUUUAUAUAUUUACACCAAUUAAAGUAUUGACGGUCGAUAAUUUUCUUUAUAGCACUCAAGAAAGAAAACUAUGGGCGAACAUUUGAAGAUUAAGCUAUUAACUAUUACUCCAAAUGAGUAUAAACUUCAUAUCGAAAGGGGGAGCGGUGAAGCUCGGCGAGAGUUAGAAGACGAGAAUGCCCAAUUACGAGAAGAAAAUGACAACUUAAAAUUACAAGUUGUACAACUGACGGUGAGCAAUGAAAGAUCUGGAAUCUGUCUCGUCUGCCACAACCAACUGAGCAAUUCCCCAAGAAGUGUCGAAGCUGCAAUGGCAAUGCGACCACUACCGCAACUUUAGCACGGAACAGUGCAACCUCCCGAGCGCAGGUAAAAAGAUCCUGGCUUGCGAGGUUGGGAACAGUGAAUACCUCUAUCGGCUCCGACUAUUGACUAUGGUACACAUCUAAGUACUAAGUAGUGUAUAUAUUUGACAACUUUGUUUAUUUGCACAUUUAUAGUGUAGUAUAAAAUAGUGUAAUUAAUGGUUUAACUGUAUUUCCAGUUGUAUUUAGUCUGAUGAUGUCGCUUGUAUUGUGACAUGUACUACGUUAAUAAACGCGCCCAAGGGUCAGUAUAGGCCAGGGUAUAGACUUAUAGUAUUAAUGUGUAUUAUAGUAAAAAUAUGUCAUAAAAUAUACAUUUUAAAAUUAAAUUGACUUGCCUAUUUGAUAGUGUGUGUUCUCCUUUUAUAGUUUUAUUACUCUUUUAUUCCGAGAUACUAAUAGUUUCCGAGACUUUGCACUAGGUUGUCAUAUAAAAGCGUUUCGCAGUCCAGUGCAAUCCUUGGUGCAAUCUGAGAUCAGUUUCGAAGCAGCGCGUUUAAUUUUCCAAUAUGGCCGCCGACUGAGAGCGGUCAUAAAUAUUCAUGAACUUUUUGUUGUGAUUUUGAAGAAUAUAUUCGCUAAAACUUACGAAAAACUAUGAAGAACGAAGGAGGAGAUACCCAUGGUGCUUCAAGUUUCCCCGAACAGCAGAAAAAGAAAAAGUUUUUUGAAGAAUCGCGUCAAUUGGAACACAAGUAAAAUUAACCUGUAUUUAAUAUUAAUUGUGCAAAUCCGAUAUUUUCUGUGUGGUAGCGUGAUUUGUGUUCACUUUCUGGGUGGCUGGUAUAGAAAAUACUUAAUAGUUAACCCUUAUAACAUGAGAAUAAUAUUGAUUGUUAUGAAUCAUAGCACACAAAUCAUUUUGUGAUUAUUUUGAAACUUUGUUGCUAAGUAAUAGACAAUUUGAUUGGCUAAUAGGGAAGUCCAUAAGUGGAUGUAGUUUUCCCUGCCUUGAAGGGUUUUCCUUGAUGAUUUGUGCCAUUUGAUUAAACCUGGCUAUGAAAUUCACCUGAGCUUGAUUAAAAAUGAGCCAGCAUGUCUGGGUAAGAUCUUACCUUGUGCAAGAUUGAUUCCCUGCAGUCAAAUUAAGUUUUAUAUAAAUGCUUCAUCCCACCUGUUCAUCAGAAUGACCUAUAUUUGUAUUGGUUACCAGGGUGCAUUCUCACAGUUUACAAAAUUUCUUUGGUAUCAAGGAGCUGACAUGAUUGUUUCUUUCACACAUUUUCACCAUUUAUGUAACUUGUAUCAAUGAUAGAUUUCGGCAUCAAGAUAUUUUGUAUUAUCCAGAGCUGUCGGUCUUGAGAAAGAGUGCAAUGGUGUUAUCUUUAGCAAGAGAAGCGAGUUCCGAAAAGAUUUUCUCACCUUAGAAGAGUUGAAUGACCAGUAUCGAAAAAGUGGAAAAGCAGAAAGUAACUGUUUUGCACUGUUUUAAUGAACAUGUCUUGGCAUACAAAUAUGCAGCUACAUCCACAGAAAUCCUGUGUUUUAGUAAAGCAAAGUCAACUUUAUUUAUACUGGAUAGCUCUGUCGGUUCUAAACUGUUCUUCCUAGAGGUCCAGUAAGGAUCAUUUCUUAUUGAUCCAGUGUUACUACAGUAAGAAACCUAAACUAAACUAACUUUAUUUAUACUGGAUAGCUCUAUCAGUCCUAAACUGUUCUUCCUAGAGGUCCAGUAAGGAUCAUCUCUUAUUGAUCCAGUGUUACAAUAGGAGGAAACCUAAACUAAACUAACUUUAUUUAUACUGGAUAGCUCUAUCAGUUCUAAACUGUUCUUCCUAGCUAGAGGUCCAGUAAGGAUCAUUUCUUAUUGGUCCAGUGUUACUACAGGAGGAAACCUAAACUAAACUAACUUUAUUUAUACUGGAUAGCUCUAUCAGUCCUAAACUGUUCUUCCUAGAGGUCCAGUAAGGAUCAUCUCUUAUUGAUCCAGUGUUACAAUAGGAGGAAACCUAAACUAAACUAACUUUAUUUAUACUGGAUAGCUCUAUCAGUUCUAAACUGUUCUUCCUAGCUAGAGGUCCAGUAAGGAUCAUUUCUUAUUGGUCCAGUGUUACUACAGGAGGAAACCUAAACUAACUUUAUUUAUACUGGAUAUAGCUCUAUCAGUUCUAUUUCCUAGAGGUCCAGUAAGGAUCAUCUCUUAUUGAUCCAGAUUUUUGAAUAGUUUCGUAAGUUAUUAAAUAUAUUCAAUCAUCUAAUUUUCCAGUACUAAAAUUAAAGCAACAGCUAACAAGAAUUAAAAUAAAUGUGGAAAAACUUCAACGAAGUUUGACAGAUGUGAAACCAUCACCUAAAUGUAAUUAUUCUCGACUAUAUUGCAUUUGAAUAUUGUUGUGAUUAAAUAACCUUUAAUAAAUCAAUAAAUUACUGCAUUUAGUUGUUGAAAAAUUGAAAGAAAUUAUGGAAGAUAUUGAGAAUUCGAUUAUGCAUUUUAAGAAAGAACAGAGAGAAAAGUAAGCAUAAUUUUUUAAAUGAAUCAUAAAAGUACAGUUUGUUUCAAGUAGUCUGCAGUGUAUUCACAGUUCGCUGGAUUGUUUGCACGUUGUGCUUUGCUCAUCUUCCUUUCGUAUCACAGAUUUGAAGAAUUACUUCGCGAUGAGCGAGUGAUCAUGCAAGAACUAACAGCAUCAGAAAAGAAAUUUGAAUCUUGGUCUCGACUUCCUGCUGCGGCAGUGGAGUCUAGCACAGCUGUGAAGAAAGCUGGCAAACAAUCUAGCUCACUGCCUCCUGCUAUUGCUGCUUUUGAAGUAAGACUACUUCACUCACUUUAGCAUAAUCCACAUUCAAGAACAUGUACUACCUCUGCAUGAUCUAACCAUGCUCAACUCAGCAGUGAGUUCUGUACAACAUCAGAUCACUUUAGGGUAGCUCACAUUCAAGAACAUGUACUACCUCUGCAUGAUCUAACCAUGCUCAACUCAGCAGUGAGUUCUGUACAACAUCAGAUCACUUUAGGGUAGCCCACAUUCAAGAACAUGUACUACCUCUGCAUAAUCUAACCAUGCUUAACUCAGCAGUGAGUUCUGUACAACAUCAGAUCACUUUAGGGUAGCCCACAUUCAAGAAGUAACAUGUACUACCUCUGGAUUCUCUUCAUGAUAUAUUACCAUUCAAAGCAACAAUCCAUCCUGGUUCUAUUUUUCUCCAGCGUUUUCUAGCACAGACUGGUGGCCAUCAGGGGGGUUGGGAUGACUACGAUCAUCAGGAGUAUCUCAGAUUGAAACAACACAAUAAAACAAAGGUACAGCAGACCAUGAUAUUUCUUGACCCUGAAUACAGGCCCAAUGUAAUAUGUCUAUAUUUUAAAUAUUCUACAAACGUUUCCCUAGGAUAAAGAUGCAUUUAUCCAAUCUGCAUUGAGCAACCUGCCAGGCAAAUCGUACGAUGAUGUGAGGCAGCAUGAUGAUUGGUACAGUGAAUAUUUAAUAAUGUUAGACAAGAAAAGAAAAGCGAUCCAGGAGUGGAAAUAUCAUAAAGACGUAAGUUUACUUUUCUUGAAGAAUGUGCAUACACCAUUACAGUGGUCGUUAGAUCAUGAACCCGGUUUGUCAUGAGCCAACUACACACGUAAAAACGCACAAGUUGUAACAAAUCUGCAGCAGAAUUGUAGCAAUGCUGUUCCAACAACUUGUCAACAGGAUGUGUUCUCACUGCUUGUUCCCAGUUUGUUGGCAAGUUGUUAACGGCUUGUUGACAACUUGCUACAAGGUUGUUGAGCUCACCAGACUUGUUACAAGUUGUUGCAACAACUUGUUAUUGUCCUGCAAUUCAACGGUUUGUCAAGAAGUUGUGAGUGACAACCUUGUAGCAACUUGAUAAAAUAACAGCAUUGUUACAACUUGUUGACAAGCUUGCUACAAACCUACAAACCUGUUGCGAACACAUCUUGUUGACAAGUUCAAGUUGUGAGAUUUUUACGUAUGUACCUGUAACAUAGUCUUACAACAUUUUUGGCAAAAUGUCCUGACACUGGUAAACGUAAAAUUUAUUUUGGUGGCUUCGAGUGAUGAAUGCUGGGUAUUGCUACUUUCCUUUCUAAUGAGAACGAAAUAUUUUUUGCGCAGACUGAGAAAAUAGAGAAGUUAUCAAAUGUAGAUGAAACUGAAAAAAGAGAUGAAAAAGUGAAACGAAAAGCUGAACUGUUUGAAAAAGAACGACAAGAAAGAUUGUCGAAACUUGAUGAAUGGAAGGUACCAUCAUUUCUAUAGUUUAAUUCACUUCAUAUAAAACGUUACUCAUUAAUAUUUGAAGGUCAGUGUACUUAAUUAGUUAAUACACAUCUUUUAAGGCUCAACGAGAAAUGCAAAAAGCCAGCGAAGAGGAGGAGAAAGCGAGAUUGGAGUUAGAAGCGAUUAAAAACAAAGAGAAAGAAGACAAAAGAAGGGUUAGGGUUUUCAUUCAAAUUAUAAAUUUCAGAUGUGUUUAAUUGGAAUAAAACAGAAGCCAAUCUAAGGCCCUCAACCAAAAACCUCACAAGGGAGUCAGGAAAUAUCAUAACUAGUCUUUCGUCUUUUCAAGCUACAGUACCUUUUAUGGUGUGGCAGUAUUGAGCAUGCCUAGCUUUAUCAACUAAAGGCCGACUACACAACUUUUACUUAAAACUGUCGCAUGCAACCUUCUUACAACUUGAGUUGUACUGUGUAAAUCAAGCACACAACUCACCUACGACAACCAUAGAUAUCUUAUACACUAGAUAACGCAUCUCUUUUAGUAAAAUUGAAGCCAAGAAUAUUCCAGCGGUUACCCCCAUUUGAAUAGAUGGCGGCCAUGUUGGUCGUUCCCACUCGCUAAUAAACGCUUAAAAACAACAAUAACUUUCAUCAUUUGAAUACUUUAAAAAUGUAUUUGGAAUAGGGUUAACUUAAUAUUCAAGUUCCCUGUUUAAGAAAUAGGAAAUAUACGAAUCUUCUCUCAUUUCAUGGGAACGACCUGAGACUGCAAUCACGGCUUCAAUUUUUGAAUUGCAGAAUAAUUAGAUGUACUAUCUAUAGUGUAUAUAAGAUAUCUGACGACAACGUAGAUGAGUUGUUUGCUUGAUUUACACAGUACAACUCAAGUUGUGAGCAGGUUGCAUGCGACAGUUUUAGGCAAAGGUUGUGUGGUGUAAAUCAGCCUUAAUUUAUUUCAUCUAUCGUACAUAUAGCGAGAAAUCAAAAGUCACGUGGAAGAGUAUGCACGUCAUCGAGAGGAAGAGAGAGAAAUACUUAGAAUGACAGAAGAACAUCGUCAAGAAAUGGAGAGAGAAAAUAGAAAACUGAACGCUACUGAUCUUUCUAGAUUACAGGAGAGGGUAAGUACUGAUCUUGCUAGAUUACAGGAGAGGGUAAGUACUGAUCUUGCUAGAUUACAGAAGAAGGUAUGCUUCCUCCUCUGGAUAGCUCUGUCACGUCUGAACUGUUCUCUCUAGAUAGAGCUCCAGUAAUCCAGUGUUUCUACAGGAAGAAACAAGGAAAGCUGAAGCGACAACUACAUAUUGCAAGAGUCUCCCUGGAUAGAAAGGUGAAGGCAGAUGUAUCUAAUGCUGUUUUGCAUUUUUACAGAAUGAGAAAAUUACACUAGAAAGAAAAAUCAAACUUCAAAGCAAAGAAAUAGAAAAAGAGGAAAAGCAGAAACGUUUGGAGAAAUUAAGAAGUCAGGUAUGAUUGUCAUAAUUUACUUUUAUCCUCGAGAUUUUGACGGCAUCUUUUUAUCGGAUUGUCAGACUAUGUGUAUAAAGAAAUUAUUUUAAUUUCAAAUUUUCCAGGUCGAAGUGCAUGCGAAGAGAGAUCCCUCCAGAUUAUUGAAACUCACAGAAGGAUUGAAAGAACGAAAGAAAGCGACUCCAAAUCCAGGAUCUAGUGGACCAGUCAUGCAUAUGCCACAUAGGUACGGAUUGGUUUCAGGCUGAUUUACAUUACACUACGCAACUUUUGCCAAAAACUGUCGCCUGCAAGCUGCUUACAACUUGAGUUGUACUGUGUAAAUCAAGUACACAACUUGCCUACGUUGUCGUGAGUUGAGUGCUUGAUUUACACACAGUACAAUUCCAGUUGUAAGCAGGUUGUAUGCGACAGUUUUAGGCGAAAGUUGUGCAGUGUACUGUAGAUCAGCCUUUGCGAUCACAGCGGCAAAAUUUGACGAGAAGACGUUUGAAGUAAUAUGACGAGAAGAUGUUUGAAUCAUAUGUUGUUCUGCCCAUGGUGGGACAUGGGUGUUAAGGUUUCCUUCAAAUUUUCAAUAGCAAAUCUUCAUUCAAACGAAUUUCCUGCAGCUGUUUAACAUCCCCUGCGAGUAGUGCUCGCCUAUUGUUUCCACCCCUGCUGAUACACGAUGUAUUUUUCAAUUGUUUCUAGGGCUGUACCAACGUGGAGGCAAGGAAUGAUGUGA